UGCUGUGGAAUGUAGCUUUACAAACUCGGGCAGACUUUAUUUUACUUCCUGUUCUCUGGCUCCGUCCCCGAUCCUGUGUUUUGAAACGUGACCGUCUGAUGUUCUCGGGCCGGGCUGCCGCGGCCCCUCGCUGCGCAGGAGACCUCCCCGCUGAAAGGGAAAGUUUCCUUCAGGCUAACAGGAGGGUUGCAUGAGAGAUGUGGGGACGGGGAAGGUUUUCUUGGCAGAGGCCGGGCUGACUGCUCUCAUGCCUCUCCGAGUUCCUCCGGCUCAGACGUGUUGGGUAGCGUUAUCGCGAAGCCUCGCGGAGGAUCUAUAACGCGGCUGGGCGGAUGUCCCCGAGCCAGCCCGGCUCACGCUCCCGGGCGCUGAUGCACUUGGACUCUCCGGGAAGGAGCCGCGAGUCCGAGCAGGGGAAGUUGCCCGCAGUUACCUUUGCUCAGCCGCUCAGUUGGUAGCAGUUGGGACUGCCGGCUCCGGGGCCACCCGCUCGGUACCAUGAGCAGAGAUCCUGCACGAUGGGGCUCCAGCCAGCAGGCCCUGAGCUGAUGCGCCAGCUUCCCGGCUCGCAGAGCAGUGCCUGGCUGGCGGGGCAGGCGCCUCUCGGUGCCCCGGACCAUGGAGGUGUUAAGGGAAUCUGUUCUCCAUUUGACGUUUCAGAUGUCGACCUACAAGCGGGCAACGCUGGACGAGGAAGACCUGGUGGACUCCAUCGGGGAGGGAGAAGUUUACCCUAAUGGGAUCCAGGUGAAUUUCCGCGGCUCUGGGAAUGGCAAGAGCUGCUGGGCAGAGCGCACGCACAUGGAGAAGCGGCUCCUGGCGCUGGUCGUGGUUCUGGCAGUCGGCGUCUUGGCCUGCAUCUUGGCCCUGGUGCUCCAGUACAAAGCCAAGCCACCCCAGGUGUGUUUGACCGAAACCUGCGUCUCCGUCACCAGCUCCAUCCUAAGCUCGCUGGACCGAUCGGUGAACCCCUGCGACGACUUCUUCAGCUAUGCCUGCGGAGGCUGGAUCAAGGCGAACCCCGUGCCUGACGGGCAUUCGCGCUGGGGCACCUUCAACAAGCUCUGGGAGCACAAUCAGGCCAUCAUGAAGCACCUUUUGGAAAACACCACUGCCAACGUGUCGAGCGAGGCCGAGCGCAAGGCCCAGCGUUACUACCAGUCCUGCAUGAACGAGACCAAGAUCGAGGAGCUGAAGGCCAAGCCACUGAUGGAGCUGAUAAAGAAGCUUGGCGGCUGGAAUAUCACAGACCCCUGGGACAAAGAUAACUUUAACGAGACCCUGCGGGAGGUCACGGCGCACUACCACGUCUCGCCCUUCUUCUCUGUCUAUGUGAGCGCCGACUCCAAGAACUCCAACAGCAACGUCAUCCAGGUUGAUCAGUCAGGGCUGGCGCUGCCCUCCAGGGAUUACUACCUGAACAAAACGGAGAAUGAAAAGGUGCUCGCAGGGUAUCUGAAUUACAUGGUGCAGCUGGGCAUGCUCCUGGGGGGACAAGACGAGGCGUCCACCCGGCAGCAGAUGCAACAGAUCCUGGACUUCGAGACAGCCCUGGCCAACAUCACCAUCCCACAGGAGAAGCGCAGAGACGAGGAGGUGAUCUACCACAAAAUGACAGCCAGGGAUCUCAAGAGCCUGGCGCCAGCUGUGGACUGGAUGCCCUUCCUCACCACCGUGUUCUACCCGGUGGAGCUCAACGAGUCCGAGCCAGUAGUGGUCUACGCCAAAGAGUACUUGGAGCAAGUCUCCACCCUCAUCCUCAACACGGACAAAUGCCUCUUGAACAGCUACAUGAUCUGGAACCUGGUGAGGAAAACCAGCUCCUUCCUGGACCAGCGUUUCCAGGAUGCAGAGGAGAAGUUUAUGGAAGUCAUGUAUGGGACAAAGAAGACCUGCCUGCCCCGCUGGAAGUUCUGCGUCAGCGACACCGACAACAACCUGGGCUUUGCGCUGGGAGCCAUGUUUGUCAAAGCCACUUUCGCUGAGGACAGCAAGAAAAUCGCAGAGGAAAUGAUCACAGAGAUUAAGAUGGCCUUCAAGGAAAGUCUGGCCAACUUGUCUUGGAUGGAUGAAGACACGAGGAAAUCUGCCAAGGAGAAGGUGGAUGCGAUCUAUGAUAUGAUCGGCUAUCCCAAGUUCAUCAUGGACCCCAAGGAGCUGGACAAGGUGUUCAAUGAUUAUGAAGCCAUGUCUGACCUGUACUUCGAGAACGUCAUGCAGUUUUAUAACUUCUCAGCCAGAGUGACUGCUGACCAGCUCCGGAAACCUCCCAGUCAAGACCAAUGGAGCAUGACCCCUCCGGCAGCGAACGCCUACUACUCUCCAACCAAGAAUGAGAUCGUAUUCCCAGCCGGGAUCCUGCAGGCUCCUUUCUACACCCGUACCUCACCCAAGUCACUGAACUUCGGUGGGAUUGGCGUUGUCGUAGGCCACGAGCUGACUCACGCCUUUGAUGAUCAAGGUCGAGAAUAUGAUAAGGACGGGAAUCUGCGUCCGUGGUGGAAGAACUCCUCGGUAGAGGCCUUCAAGCAUAAGACAGAGUGCAUGGUGGAACAGUACAGCAACUACACCGUGAACGGCGAGGCGGUGAACGGUAGACACACCUUAGGGGAGAACAUUGCCGACAACGGAGGCCUCAAAGCUGCCUAUCGGGCCUACCUAAAUUGGCUGAAGAAGAAUGGGAACGAGGACACGCUGCCGACCCUGGGGCUCACCAAUCACCAGCUCUUCUUUGUGGGGUUUGCCCAGGUCUGGUGCUCUGUUCGUACCGCUGAGAGCUCCCACGAAGGACUCAUCACCGAUCCCCACAGCCCAUCCCGUUUCCGCGUCAUCGGUACUAUCUCUAAUUCCAAGGAGUUCUCCGAGCACUUCCACUGCCCUCCGGGCGCUCCCAUGAACCCCCAAAACAAGUGCGAAGUCUGGUGAAGAGAAAGGGACCAAGGAAGAGUGGAACCAGCUUCUGUCUUAUUUGUCCUUCAUCAAGAAUUGAAUUUCCCUGACCCUCUGCUCGAAGGGCAACUACUUCUUCUUUCAGCGAACUGUCAAGCUCUCAGCAGGAACGGACCCCUGAGCACUAGGUUCAUGGCAUCAUCUGAGAUUGGAUCCACUGUGAAGUCUCCUCGGACUCUCACCCACUUGUGAAUGACUUUUUCACCUUGAAUGGGGCAUGUGUAUAUGCAUGUGUCUGUAUGCACUAACCCCUAUUCACACCUACGUGGUUCAAUCCUUGCCAUAUGCCAGGUUUGAAGACCUUUCUUUCUUGCUAAAAGUCAUAAAGGGAAUGCCACAGACAAAAGGGAUAACCGGUCUAACUGGGUAUCUAAAUAUGCCUGACAUCCACUUAUCUGCAUAGAUACACAUGCAUAUAUAAAUAUGUAAAAUAUUUUAAGAUAUAUUUUUGGGAAAAUAUUUUUGAACGUUGUGGAAUACACUGGAAAAUUUCAGGGAUAAUGCAUUUAGAAGCCUUUUUGUAAGCAAAGGAUUAGUGUAUUUAUUACCUUUUUUUUUGGUUUUACGUAAUGUAGCUAUAGAUGUGAGAUUUGCAGAAGAGCCUGUUCUGUUGAAACAGAGGAGACAGGAGGGUCCUACAGGGUCACCGGAGCAGCAGAUUAACCUUUCAUCCCCAACGGCCAGGACUGUUAUUGAAUCCCUGGCUUCACCACCCAGCUCAGGGAACAAUCCUCCUAGUCCUCAGUGGCCACUGUGGACUAGCUAGUGAGUUGGGAACGCAGCAUUAAGGAGCUGUGGGUGAGGAGCAGGAGAUGCCCUUUGCUUCACACGCGCCCUGCGAGUGCUUACAUUUGGUGACAAAAUCUGAACUUCUCUCGAGCGCUUUCUUUUCGAGCCAAGACCAAUGGGGCUUGGAAGCCGUAUUAAGGUCUGCUUGCAGAGAGGUUUGCUGUAGACUGGCCCUCGGAGCAGAAGAGGCAGCUGUUCUUCUAGCAAAGGCUUCAUUGCAACUUUAAGCCUUCUUGGAUAGCUUUACUUUCUGAAUGUCAAGGGAGGGGGAGGCUGGCCUGCUUGUUGUACAGUGUUAAGUACAGGUAGUCCGUGGCUCGCCAUCCCUCAAGACACCCUCCCCUCUCCCCCCUCCCAAAGAUGUUGUUGUUAAUGAAAUAUUUGGGCAAGUUGUGUGAUGAGCUCUUCCCUUAUCUUGCUGUUUAGGGCCAGCCCAGGCUCAGCCCAGCCCUCUUUACAUGCUAGUUCUCAGUGUUGGUGUCACACGCAGCAGUGUGUCGCUUUUGUGUUUGGCUGGCAGGAUGGACUACUGAAGCUGGGGGAACUGCUGUGUUCAGGCACAGCUCAUGAACCUGUGGAGUCUGAGUCCUCUUCCGCGGUAUCAGGUAGCAACACCACCAGCAUCCCUUUUGGGCAGCUCUGUAAGACAGAGGGAAAACCACAGGACGGCCUGGCCGCUGGGCUGGUGGAUAUCACGGGGAAUGCAGCUGUUUCUUGAGCCAGCCCAGCAACACUGUUCUCCCCUCCCCUGCCUGCCUCGUGGGGGGCUGUUCCUGCAGAAAGGGGGUGGGUGAGAGCUAUGCACCACCUUGCCUGGAGCCUGACGACAGCACGAGUCAAAGACUUUCCAGUGCCUUACAACAGCAGUUGUGUGUGGGAAAGCAGCCCUUUCCGCUGGCCUUGGGCUGGGCAAUGACCUGUCUGGAGGCUGAAUGCCAUGAGUUUGUGCAUGCGUUUUGCUCCUGCAGAGAGUUCAGCUCAAAUCUCCCUGCUCCAAUCCCAGUCUUGGAUGGAGGCAAGGGAAGCCCAAAGGAACAAUCCCCCAGGACCCGGGAGGGGCAGGGACCCCUGGCUGGAAGGAAGGCAGCAGAGCGGGGCGCUCAGUACCAUGCCCCCAGCUCUCCACCCUCUUCUUCCUUUGUAUUUCCACUCCAUGCUGACCCCUGUAGCCUCCUUGGAUGCUGCCAUAUCGAAGCACCUCCUUUCUCAAAAGGGACAGUGCAGGAUCUCUGGUUGGGAGCGUGGUGGGACUGGAGUCCCAUGGCAUGGUCCCAUGGGGGCUGGUGCUGGGAGCACUGAGUCAUGAUGCCAGCUCGCUUUAUGGGCUGCCAGCCUUUGUUGCAUGUGAGAGAAAAAGGGAACUGGGGAGUGGUGCAAGCACCUAUUCUGGACUCCUUUAAGAGACAUUUAGAUGUUUAUCUUGCUGGGAUCCUUUGACCCCAGCUGACUUCCUGCCCAGGGCGGGGGGCUGGACUCGAUGAUCCUCCGAGGUCCCUUCCAGCCCUAAUGUCUAUGAAAUCUAUGAAAGAGCCCCCAAGUACCCUCCAGGCUGGGAGAGUUGACCCUGUGGUAGAGGCUUGCAGAUUUCUCCCAUUGCUGUCUGCAAGGGAAGUGCUAGACCCCAUCUCCUUUCUAAGUGGAGACCCAGCAGGAGCUGGAUGCUGGUUCUCCUGGGUGUGCAGGGGAAGGUGGCUGGUCAUCUUUCAAGUAAGGGAACAAAGCUGACAGCCUAUGGAUGGCCUGACUUAGUUAGUCUGUAAAGUGCAUGUCUACCCUGCCUUCUAUGGCCUGGCUGUCCAAGGAGCCAAGGACCUGCAACCCAGUCCAGCACGAAGGCAUUUCUGACAUUCAGGCCACCCCGGGGCGGUAGGACUUGUUGUGAAGAUCAGCUGCUGCUCCCAGACAGCGAGUUCAUCUGGAGCAGAGCAGUGUCGCUGCUACAGCACCGCUCUUCUGCUCACGCGUCCUCACCCUCUGUCCUAAAAGCUGCCAUCUGAUGCAGACUCCAAACAGUGAAAUCACUACUUCCAGGUCUGGGGAUUGCUGUGCCAUUGCAUGCUAUUUUCAUGUUAGCCUGUGGUCCUGGUCCCCGCUGCCAGCUGUGCAGUGGCGUGGCUGGAUCUCAAGUCUUGGGUGUAGCCGGUUGGCAUUGCUAAGGGAAUGUGUGUCCAUAUCUGCCCCUUUCCUUCCUUGCAAAGUCAGGCAGGCCCAACCUAAGCAAACUGACCUCUGCUGAAACCCAAAGAGAAGCUCUGCGCAGGCGAACGAGAUGGGCUGAGGCCUCUCAGCGACGGGCAGUGUCUCGGUAUCUCUCCCGGCGCUGACCCCGGGCUGCUCCCUUCCUCUUUGUGUAAAUUUGUUUUUUCUCUCAUGUCAGCCUAAAUGUUCCUCCCAUAGGUAGCCUAGUUGCACAGCUGGAACCUAUCUGAUGUUCGUUACCAGAGCGGAGAGGAAUGCCAUGAUCGCUUCAAGAUGUGCUGUCAAUUGAGAGGGCCCAAGCACUGGGGGAGAAGAAAGGGGCAGUCCGGGCUAUGAGUGUUAGACUAGCCAUCUCCCCGGGAGCGAAGGAGAGGAUCCGGCUUCCCCAGCCUCUGCUCCCGUCGCUUUGGGGGAGCUGCCUGGGAGGGGUUCGGAGGAGACUGGGGGCCUUCCAGGGCUUUUGAUCCCCCCCUCCUAGGUUAAAAAAAAAGGAAACCACUAAGAGUCAUGGGUGCCAGCCUCGCUUUCUGCAUGAGGGGCACCAUCGCAUUGUAGACGAAGGGAAGGACUUGGAGGGACUUGUAAUAUUUAUAUGUAAAAGGAGGGAAUUUUUUGUAACUAUUUUUUCACCCCUCAUUGUGGAGCUUAUUGUAAUUGAAAUAAAAUACUUUCUAUUGGGUCUGA